AUGUCUCCGCAAGACCGUCCCACUCAGCCUGAGGGCGACAAGCCCGAGGGUCUGUCAAAGUACCUCAAGCGCAUGAAGACGGUCCUGCGUCCUCGCAUGAGCUCCAAGCGUGAAUCUGUCGCUGCUCGGCCGGACACUGUUGCCUCGUCAAGCAAACCAACAGCAACUCCAACAACUCCAGCCCGCAAUCCAAUCCCCGAACCCACGCUGCUCACCGACUAUAGCGCCCUGCAACAGGAGAAGGCCCGCGCUCUCUUCAGCAAAUACGGCUUGACCCUCGAACCCGGCGAAUGGAAGUCUCCCGCCGACCUCCAGCUGACGCGGGUCACCAAGCCCAUCCGCAUGCGCGUGCGCCGCACCUGCCACCGCUGCGAAACUGUCUUCGGCCCCGACAAGGUCUGCGUCAACUGCCAGCACCCCCGCUGCAAGAAAUGUCCGCGCGACCCGCGCGACCCGCCCGCGCGCGAGCAGGAGCCCCGGCUCCCCAACGAGUAUCCGCCGCUGCCCAAGACCAAGAUCGCUGAGAUCCGCGCCCGCGAGCGCGGCGAGACCCGGGUCGACCCGUACUUGCGGUUCACCGGCAACCCGGCUGCGCCGUUUGUGAAGCCCUCGCAAAGUGGCGGGCAGGAUCUGAUCCGGAAGACGGUGCGGCAGCGGGUGCGCCGCAAUUGUCACGCCUGCGGGACGCUGUUUGUGACGGGGGAGAAGGAGUGCGCGAAAUGUGCCCAUGUGCGCUGCAAGAAGUGUCCUCGGGAGCCUGUUAAUCUGGAGAAGUAUCCGGAUGGGUAUCCCGGGGAUGCGGAUCCGCCGGAGCUGCUGAAGCCGGAUCGGACGUAUAGGAAGUCGCGGCGCCGCGUGCAUUACAUCUGUCACGUCUGUGAGACGGAUUUGAUUCCAGGCGCAAGUACAUGCUCGAAAUGUGGACAGGCGAAGUGUGCGGAAACAAGGCGCAUCCCGCCCAAGAAGGUUAAAAAACAGCCUGAUCCCGAGGUCCUACGGCGUGUUGAAGAGAGAAUGGCCAGCUUGACUAUAGCGCAGUGA